AAAGUUACAGUUCAGCUGUCUGGGUACGUCGUGUUGGAUCCACGGGCACACGGUCGCUUGUAUGUACUCUACCUCUUGGCAAGGUGCACGACUGGCCAGGGCGCGGGACCAGGAUUCGGCUAGCCAAGGCGAGUGGUUACAACCCCAGGAAAACCGGACGGCGCACUGGUACUGCUUAGGGUACGGUGGCAUCGUCUGGCUGCCUCUGGUGUAACAAGUUCUCAGUGGGCCGGACUUUGUGCUCAAUUCAGUCAACAGGGAGCUGGUUGACAGAAGAACUGAGAUCUGUUAAAAAAAGAGUCCUCCCUAAAGUCUGUGCGCUGUCUGUCUGCAAACUCAUGUCGUAGUUGGAGCUAGUAUCAGAACCGGCGAUUUCCCCCUCCCCUUUUUUUGCAAGGAUGGGUCGGACUUUUGUGCGAUAUCCCCACAGGAUGGGCGGCUUCAUUCGCGUUCUUAUCGGCUUUUAUCUAACUCUCCUAUCAGUAAAUCUAGCUUCAUCUCAAGAAGUGUUCGCACUACCACCAGGCACGGUAGAUGUGUUAGAUAAGUUAGACGUUGCGGGCACCUCGAGAGGAGUAACAUCUGGGGUGCAAGGGAUGUGUAGAGAUCGUCCCACUACGGGCGGAGCAGCACCUCAGGAGGACCAGGCGUUUAGCGUCGGCCCAGAGGCCAGUCUAAGCAGAGAGGUCGGCGAUAUGUUUUCAGGUGAAAACUUUCCCGAAGAUUUUUCGAUUCUAUUGACGGUCAGAAUAGCCCCUCCAGAACGGUCGAAAAUGUUUUUGUUCUCACUUUACGAGGCCAACGCCGACGCGAAAAUCGUUUUUGAUAUUGGAAGUCCCUCAGUGCUGCAGUAUGCAGACGAACGCAACCAGCCAGGCAAGAAAGGAUGGCCUCGAUUCAGACUGAGCAUUGCAGACGACCGAUGGCACAGGAUAGCUUUAAGUGUAAAUGGUCAGAACGCGAAUCUAAUAACCGAUUGCAACGUGACGGAGACGGCUAGCCUUACAAGAAGUGUCCCAGCAAAUGUUAAGACCGAUGGAAUAUUUAUUUUUGGACGGGAUAUGCGUAAUUCAUUCCAAGGAACACAUUUUGAGGGCCAAAUUCAACAAUUCUUGAUCGUACCAGACCCAUAUGCAGCUUUUGACUACUGUCGUGACUAUAUGCCAAGCUGCAAUGAACCCAUGCCUGUAUAUAAAAGGGCUCUGGAGCCUGAAAUUUCCACAAAUCAGCCGGACACAAAUGGUGAACAGGAGGGACCGACGCCAGCAGUCUAUUACAGUGAAAGUGAAUCGGUAUCGUCAGAUUCAUACAGCUACCCAGAUCCGGUUGAUCCUGGUAGUUCGUUUGCAAGCAUUCCGGAUCGAGGUACAGGGCCGAUAACAGACCCUGGUACCGGUACUGCUGUGCGUGGACCCAGAGGGGAGAAGGGCGAGGCAGGCGAAACAAGAAUUGGCCAGUUGGACCUGCGGGACCAAGGGGAGAUCCGGGACCUCGGGGUUAUUCUGGAGAACGUGGACCCAGCGGACCAAAAGGAGACAAGGGAUCACCUGGACAGAAUGGUCGCAAUGGACAGGACGGUCUCCGCGGCCCACCAGGAGCGAGUGCCCUAA